AUGGGCGCGUUUUCCCACCUCCUCACCGACGCAAACCUCGACGGCCACUGGUCGCCAGUCACAGCGUCGAUUGACUGGUGCGAGAUCAACUAUGCCGUGUCCUUCUACAUUGCAGAGUUUCUCCAGAUUAACACCCUCACCAAUGUCCCCGGCAUGCUUGGCGGCCUGUACGGCGCGUAUGCGACGUACAACUCUGGAGUCCCCCUCCGCUACGCACUCAUCUACCUGGGCCACGCACUCAUCAGUAUCGGCAGCUUUGGCUUCCACGCAAGUCUAAGAUGGGAGUGGCAGCUGAUGGACGAGCUUCCCAUGAUCUACGUCGUUUCGUACGCUUCAUACCUCGUCGUCGACACUCUCCCAGGCUUUGAGCACCGCUUUGGCAUUGCGGGUCCUCUGGCUGUGGUUGCGUGGUGCAUCUUCGUCUCAGUGUCCUACGUCUGCCUGCCCAACCCCGUCUACCACCAGGUCGCCUUUGCGUGCAUCAUGCUCUUCUCAAUUGUCCGCGCCGUCUGGCUCUCGUACCAGAUCCCGCGCGAACGCCGUACCAAGAUCUGCCGCACGCUGCUGCUCGGCGUCGGCGUCUUCGUCAUGGGCUUUGCUGUGUGGAACCUGGACAACUUCUUCUGCACCCACAUCCGCGAGGUGCGCGACUGGCUGACGGACCACGGUCUCCACCACCUGGGCCACUUGACACAGGGCCACGGCUACUGGCACCUCAUGACCAGCUAUGGCGCGCUCCUCAUCUUCACCGCAUGCGUUGAGCUCUGCCUGUCGGUCAAGACCAACCCGUACGCAUACGACUAUGACGCGUCCGCGUGGCUCCCGCUUGUCCGCCCUGUCAAGUCCAAGGUCAAGGACGAGGACUAUGGCAAUGGCACUGCCUCGUCCAAGGUCAACGGCAACGGCCACAUUAACGGUGCCGCUAAUGGACACUAG